AUGUCGCACCGCCCGCACCCUCUCAGACAAUCCCAUACCCUGGAUUACCCCGGCAACAUCAACCGUCAGUCCUCUACUGCUUCGUCCAUCGCGUCUUCAGGGUACUCUCUGUACUCUGAGAAUAGCAGAGCGAGUACUCAACUCUCUUCAGUGUCCAGCGGCUACUCAUUACCAAGUUCUCAUAAGAGGGGCAAGAGUGAUGGUUCGCGACUGCAUCAAGUUUCAUUCGGAGGAGAGAACCUUGACCGCAAGAGGGAACAAGACAACAACAUCUACUCCAUGACACGGCAAUCGCUACGCCCGCUUCCUCAAGCCCCCGCUUCUUCAUCUCCUACCAAGACACCGCCGACGGCCUCGACCCCCUCACCGCCUCGACCAAGUUAUCGCCAUGAACGCACCCAGAGCGUCGACAGCGGCAAGCUGUCACACGCCCAGUACGACGGCAGCACUUCCCCAACUCCAAUAUCUCGGACUCUGACGAUCCGCCCGAAUUCGAUGAUGCUCGGUCGUUCCGACACAAUCAGCCGAGGCAGUGCAGCUUUACCUCAUGCAUACGAGCCACCAUCCGCAGUGCACUCUGCCUCUCUAGCACGACCAGAUCUCGAAAAGCUGGGUAGGUCAUCCACGAGCCAGCUACGCACCUUAUCAAAGCUUGCUCAAUCCGAGUCUGCCGACGAAUUUGCCAUCACAACCCCAGCACAAGAAGUCAUCGGGCUGAGGGGUCGACGGAGAUUGCAGAGAGCAGACAAGCCAAACAACAAUCGAGCUGGUCAGCGCACCGGUGGAUAUGGCUGGGAAGGGAGGAAUUGGAUGGACAAGCAGCGCCAGUUCCUUCAGGCAUACGAAUACCUCUGCCAUAUCGGUGAAGCCAAAGAAUGGAUCGAGGACAUCAUGCACAAGUCAAUCCCUCCUAUUGUCGAACUAGAGGAAGCUCUCAGAGAUGGCGUCACACUCGCAGAGGUUGUUGAAUCUUUGAAUCCCGACCGAAGAUUCCGCAUCUUCCGACAUCAAAAACUGCAGUUCCGGCACUCCGACAACAUUGCCAUUUUCUUCAGAUACUUGGACGAGGUUGAACUGCCCGAUCUCUUCCGAUUCGAACUGAUCGAUCUCUACGAAAAGAAAAACAUCCCCAAGGUCAUCCAUUGUAUCCACGCUCUCAGUUGGCUGCUCUUCAGAAAAGGAAUAGUCGACUUCCGCAUCGGCAACCUCGUUGGCCAGCUCGAGUUUGAGCACCAUGAGCUCGAGGCCAUGCAGAAGGGUCUGGAUAAGCUUGGGGUCAACAUGCCCAGCUUCGGCAAUAUGGGAGCCGAUUUUGGUGUCGAGCCUGCGACCCCUGAGCCUGAAGAGACCGAGGAGGAGAGAAUCGACCGCGAGCUUGGCGAGAGUGAAGAGGCCAUCGUUGAGCUUCAAGCGCAAGUCCGCGGAGCCGUUGUGAGAAUGCGCCUGGGAGAUACCAUGCAGCAGCUUUGGGACGUCGAAGGGCCUCUCAUCCAACUCCAAGCUCUCAUCCGAGGUGAUUUCACCCGUCAAGUCAUCGGCUACCGGCUUCAGAUGAGACGCUUCGCGGUGGACUUGCAGAGCCUAGUUCGCGGCUUCCUCGUUCGAAACAGGAUGGCCAAUAAGGAGCGCUUUUGGAGAAUGCUGGAACCCGAUAUCUUGGAGCUCCAGAGUCUUGUUAGGGCCAAGAAGGUCCGAGAUGAGGUACGAGAUAAGAAAUCUCAGCUGGCACGCCACGCCGGACCUGUGCGGAAAAUCCAGGCAGCAUUCCGGGGUUUCUUGGUCCGAAAGGAGUUCGUUACUCAACAGCAAGAGACGGUUCAGACAUCUGGAGAAGUCCAAAAUCUCCAAGCGGCUGUCCGUGGAAUGUUGAUGAGAGGACGAAUUGCGGACGACCUCGAGCUCCUUGACAGACAGACCGACAGCAUCGUUAGCCUACAGGCUGCUGCCAGGGCACUGCUGACUAGAGAUCAGAUUUCGCGAGAGCAAGAGCAUCUGCAAGGCUCUGCACCCAAAUGGGCUACUCUUCAAGCCGCGAUCCGCGGCCAGACGCUCCGAAAUGACGUUGCAGCAAUCAAGGUUGAGCUCAGUCACCACAUCCCCGAGUUCGAGAGUCUACAGGCAGCAAUUCGAGGACGGGAAGUCCGAACCGAAGUCGCGGCGACAGUAGAGGAACUCAGCCAGCAUAUCGCCGAAGUCGAACUCCUCCAAGCAACAGUGCGAGGUAAUUCAGCGCGCAGAGAAGUUGCGACGACCAAGGGCGAACUCGCCCAAUGCGUCUCUGAAGUCGAAAGCCUUCAGGCCCAUGUCAGAGCCGGAGCUGUCCGCCGGGACGUCGCCCAGGUGCUCGAUGACCUGAACAGCCACGAGGCAAUCUUCGUCAACCUUCAAUCGCUUAUCCGAGCCAUGAUGGAGCGACGCCGCGUUGCUGCUGAUCAAGAUGCGCUCUCCCGCGUCGAGCCCAAGGUCACCAAGCUCCAGGCAUGCAUACGGGGCUACCAACACCGCCAACAGCACGCGGGACUACUCGAGGAGCUUAAGUCUCAUACUCCCGUCAUUGAGAAGCUCCAGGGGCUUGCGCGCGCCAUGAUGGUGCGAGGAGACGUCUUCAACCUGAUUUCAGAUCUCGAAGAAGAAGAAGGAACGAUCGCCGAGAUGCAAGCUGCGGCCAAGGCCUUUGUUGUUCGAGCCAAGUACGAAGAGAAGAAGCGAUUUUUCAAGGAGAACAUGGAGAAGGUUGUCAAAAUCCAGAGUCUGGUCCGCGCCAAGAUUCAAGGAGAUGCAUACAAGAGUCUUACUCAUGGCAAGGACCCGCCAGUCAACGCCGUCAAGAACUUUGUCCAUCUUCUUAACGACAGUGAUUUCGACUUCAACGAGGAAAUCGAGUUUGAGAGGUUGCGAAAGACCGUGGUCACGCAAGUUCGCCAGAACGAGAUGCUGGAACAGUACAUUGACCAGCUGGAUAUCAAGAUUGCGCUCCUCGUCAAGAACAAGAUCACUCUGGAUGAGGUUGUUAGGCACCAGAGCAACUACGGUGGCCACUCCAUCGGCCUUCUGGCGAACUCGUCAAUCUCUUCGUCCAACCACUUUGACUUGAAGGCAUUGAACAAGAGUUCGAGGAAGAAGCUGGAGUCAUACCAACAACUGUUCUUCAACCUCCAGACGCAGCCUCAAUACCUCGCACGCCUCUUCAAGCGCAUCCGCGAGCAGGGCACCCCUGAGAAGGAAUGUAAGCGUAUUGAGCACCUUAUGAUGGGGCUGUUUGGGUACGCCCAGAAGCGCCGUGAGGAGUACUACCUCCUCAAACUUCUCGCCAGAGCCAUGCGGGAAGAGGUCGAAAGCAGCAGAAACCUUCAGGACUACCUUCGAGGCAACUACUUCUGGACAAAGCUCCUCGCGAAUUACACCCGAUCCCCCCGCGACCGGAAGUACCUUAGGGAACUUCUUGGCCCUAUCGUGCGCGACAAUAUUGUGGAAGAUCCUGCUCUUGACCUCGAGAGUGACCCUCUGCAGAUCUAUAGGUCAGCCAUCAACAACGAAGAGUUGCGGACUGGCCGUCCCAGCCGCCGUCCUCUGGAUGUUCCCCGAGAGAUGGCCAUCAAGGACCCAGAAACAAGAGACCUCUUCAUCGACCAUCUCCGCGACCUCCGAGAGAUCUGCGAUCAAUACCUGCUGGCUCUGGAGGACCUCUUGCCAAAGAUGCCGUACGGUGUCCGGUUUCUCUGUCGCCAAAUGUUCGAGGCCCUUUGUCAACAGUUCAAGAAAGAACCUCAACACCAUAUCCUGCAGAUUGUCACAAACUGGCUUUGGCGCUUCUACAUGCAGCCCGCUGUCAUUGCUCCUGAGAACGUUGGCGUCAUUGAGAAGCAGUUGAGCCCUCUUCAGAAGCGCAAUCUCGGAGAGGUUGCCAAGGUACUCGGUCAGGUAGCCUCAGGCAGACCGUUCGGCGGCGAGAACAUCUACCUCCAGCCUCUGAACGCUUUUGUGGGCGAGUCGAUGGAGCGUUUGGCUCAAAUCACCCACGACCUGAUCUCUGUACCAGACGCGGAGCGCAAUUUCGACAUUGAUGAAUUCAACGACUUGUACUCCAAGAACAAGCCAACUCUGUACAUCAAGAUGACGGAUAUCUUUGCGAUCCACAACCUCAUCGUCGGCGACCUUCCGAUGGUAUGCCCCAACCGAGACGAUGUUCUCCGCGAAAUCUUGCAAGAGUUGGGUAGUGCCAAGAACAACGAAAAUGAGAUGCUCUCAGCGGGCUCUUCUGACAUUCAACUCUACCUCACGCCAAAGCUGCACGACAUCGACGAUCCGGAUGCGGAGGUUAAGGCUCUCUUCAUGGAGACGAAGCGAUGCAUCCUAUACAUUAUUCGCGUGCAGACUGGCGCCCAUCUCCUCGACAUCCUUGUCAAGCCCAUCAACCCUGAAGAUGAACACAAGUGGCGGUCAGUCCUGCGCGACGACAGAGUCAACGACGCAAACACCAAGGGCGCGUACUCGGACGCCCACAUGGUGGAUGUGACUCGGAUGUCGUACUACGACCUCAAGCGUACGGCGCUUGAGAACAUUAUGCGACUGGAGCACAUGGGCCGAAUCUCCAAGCACAACUACUACCAAGAUAUCCUCAACGCCAUUGCCCUCGACAUCCGCACCAAGAGCCGAAGACGUGUACAGCGCCAGCGUGAACUGGAAGGGGUUCGAUCGACUCUCGCCAACUUGCAUGAGAAGGCCAAGUACCUCGAGCAACAGCGCAAAAGCUAUGACGACUACAUUGAAUCCGCAAUGGCGACAUUACAAAAGAACAAGGGAAAGAAACGGUUCCUGCUUCCGUUCACCAAACAGUACAACCACCAGCGCGAACUGGAACGCAGCGGGCGGGUCCCCAAGUUUGGCAGUUACAAAUAUAGCGCUCGAGCUCUAGCGGAGAAAGGCGUGCUUGUCGGGUGGAGUGGCGUCACCGACUGGGAGAGGGUCAACCUCACCAUUUCGUGUGAUGAGGUGGGCGUCUUCUCGCUCGAGGGGUCGCGCGGCCACAUCCAGAUGCCGGGGGCGAGCGCCCUCGUACCCAUUGAGGAUCUGCUGCAGGCCCAGUUCGAGGCCCACCAGUUUAUGAACCUUUUUGAGGGGAGCCUCAAGCUGAAUGUCAACUUGUUGCUGCAUCUCUUGUACAAGAAGUUUUACCGUACGCAGUAA